CCACAACAUCCAAACGCCAUCCCACUACCACAAAAUCUCAGUCAAUCUGUGUCAUCUCAUAUCCAAGAAACCGAACAAAGAAUCAGAGUAAAGAAUCUCUGCAAUGGCAUCCAUUGCAUACGGUCAGGCUGUGUUUUCUCCAAACUCAAUCAAGCGCCCCAUUCCAUCUCUCAGCUCUAAUACCAUUAAUUCGUUCCUGGGUUCAAAACUUCCUUCACAGUGUACAAUCCGGAAAACCAAAGACACAAGGCCCCUGACGGUGGUCGCCGCCGUCGGUGAUGUUUCAGCCGAGGGAACAACCUAUCUGAUAGCGGGAGCCGCCGCGGUGGCCUUGCUGGGAACUGCUUUCCCUGUCCUCUUCUCUCGCAAGGACCUGUGCCCUGAAUGCGACGGAGCAGGAUUCGUGAGGAAAUCAGGGUCUACACUGAGGGCAAAUGCGGCAAGGAAAGAUGAGGUUCAGAUUGUAUGUGCCCGUUGCAAUGGUCUGGGCAAGCUCAACCAAAUUGAUAAAUAAAAUUAUGUACGUGGGGGAAAUUUUUGUCGGGAUUUGGUUGGAUCGAAUCAAUUCAAUUACAAAAUAAAUGUAUUAUUUUUUAUAAAUUGUACAUCAAUCACACUUGUUAUGUAAUUGGUUCAAUUUGAUCGAUCCAAAUCCAGAUAAAAAAGUUUCAUCUAUGUUACCAUGUAUGGUUGAAUAACUUAUCGUGAUUUAUAUAUAUACAUGUAAAGUUUUAAAUUA